AUGGCGGCGGCUGCGGGUCGGCUAGGCUGGUUUCUCGCCGCGUUUUGCUUGGGCAACGCCGCCGGGGAAGUAACGCCGGGCCCGCAAGUGCUGGGCUUCUGCCUAGAGGAGGACGGAGCCAAGGGUGCAGGGUGGACGGGUGGAGGGGUUGUGGGGGCCGUGCCGGAGGCCACCUUCCGUUUGCGCCUCUUCGGUUCGGGCUUUGCCAACAGCUCCUGGUCCUGGGUUGUCCUUGGGGAGGCGGGCUGCCCCGAGGGCGGGCCAGCCGCGACGCCGGAGGUGGUGACGGCCCCCACGGCCGGCGCGGGUGAGUGGCGUGCGCUGCUGCGCCUGCGCGCCGAGGCCUUGCGCCCGCACUCGUCCUUGCUGGCUGUGCGCGUGGAGCCCGGCGGCGUGGCGGCCGAGGAGGCGGCGCCACCCUGGGCUCUGGGCCUGGGGGCGGCCGGGCUUUUGGCGUUGGCGGCGCUGGCGCGGGGCCUUCAGCUAAGCGCACUGGCAUUGGCUCCGGCCGAGGUGCAGGUGCUGCGCGAGAGCGGCUCGGAGGCGGAGCGUGCAGCGGCGCGUCGCCUGGAGCCUGCACGGCGCUGGGCCGGCUGCGCUCUUGGAGCGCUGCUUCUGUUGGCUAGCCUAGCGCAGGCGGCGCUGGCUGUACUACUGUACCGCGUAGCCGGGCAGCUUGUAGUGCCCGCGGUGCUGGGUAGCGCAGGCCUAGUGUUUGUGGUGGGCGAGGUGGUGCCAGCCGCCGUGAGCGGGCGCUGGACGCUGGCGCUGGCGCCACGCGCGCUCAGCCUCAGCCGCCUGGCUGUGCUUCUCACCCUGCCGGUGGCACUGCCUGUGGGUCAGCUGCUGGAGUUGGCCGCGCGGCCCGGGCGGCUGCGCGAGCGCGUAUUGGAGCUGGCUCGCGGCGGCGGCGACCCCUACAGCGAUCUCAGUAAGGGCGUGUUGCGCUGUCGGACAGUGGAGGACGUGCUCACACCACUCGAAGACUGCUUCAUGCUGGACUCCAGCACUGUGCUGGACUUCAGCGUUCUGGCCAGCAUCAUGCAGAGCGGCCACACACGCAUCCCGGUGUAUGAGGAGGAGCGCUCCAACAUUGUGGACAUGCUUUACCUCAAGGAUUUGGCCUUCGUGGACCCUGAAGACUGCACGCCGCUCAGCACCAUCACCCGAUUCUACAACCAUCCACUCCAUUUCGUCUUCAACGACACCAAGCUGGACGCUGUCCUGGAGGAGUUCAAGCGAGGGAAGUCCCACCUGGCCAUCGUGCAGAAGGUGAACAACGAGGGUGAGGGUGACCCCUUCUAUGAGGUCCUAGGCCUGGUCACCCUGGAGGACGUCAUUGAGGAGAUCAUCAAGUCUGAGAUUCUGGAUGAGUCUGAAGACUACCGAGACACCAAGGUGAGGAGGAAGCCUGCUUCUCUGAGUGCCCCUCUCAAGCGGAAAGAGGAAUUCUCCCUGUUCAGGGUGUCUGACGAUGAAUAUAAAGUAAAAAUCUCACCUCAGCUGCUCUUGGCCACCCAACGCUUCCUUUCCCGAGAGGUAGAUGUAUUCAGCCCCCUGCGAAUCUCCGAGAAGGUCCUGCUGCACCUGCUGAAGCACCCCAGUGUCAACCAGGAAGUGAGGUUUGAUGAGACCAACCGCCUGGCUGCAGACCAUUACCUGUACCAGCGCAGCCAGCCAGUUGAUUACUUCAUUCUCAUCCUACAGGGCAGGGUUGAGGUGGAGAUCGGGAAAGAGGGCCUGAAGUUCGAGAAUGGGGCCUUCACCUACUAUGGAGUGUCGGCGCUGGCAGCACCAUCCUCGGUUCACCAGUCCCCAGUGUCCUCGCUCCAGCCCAUCCGCCAUGACCUGCAGCCUGAGCCAGCAGACGGCACCCGCUCUUCCACGUAUUGUCCUGACUACACCGUGAGGGCUCUCUCUGACCUGCAGUUCAUUAAGGUUACACGACUGCAGUACCUCAAUGCACUCCUAGCUACCCGAGCUCAGAAUUUGCCGCAGUCCCCUGAGAGUGGAGACCUCCAGAUCGUCCCAGGCAGCCAGACCAAGCUCCUUAGUGAUAAGACGGCUGCAGCAGCAGGGUCCCACCACAACAGAACAGGCAUCCCAGCAGAGGAAAGUCCUGGGCGGAACCCAGGAGUUUAA